GGUGAGCUGCUCGGAGUGCCGUACGCGACUCGCGCGCACUUCGGAGAUAAAAUCGAACAGAAAAAGAGAUGAGAAAACCAAAAAUACAGUGAAGAGAAGAAGUGUUGGGUAUAAAAGAACCUCCUUGGCCGUUCACAUGUCAGUUCAGAGAGGUGUCUGAUGGCCUCCAGUCCUGAUGUGAGGAAGGAAUCUUAGAAGAUUGGAGAUUUGAAGAGAGAGAGAAGAGUUUAACACGGACCAUGGCCUCAGCCAAAGAGAAUGGCGUGGAUCAAAGCCUGGCCCACAUUAAACAAGAGGACUGUGAGUGGGGUGCGCUAUACGGUCUGUCUGUGAAGCUGGAGGAAUGUGAAGGAGAAAUCUCCAUUUUUAAAGAGGAGGAGUGCAAGGGGGGGAUUGUUGAAGUUAAAGUGGAGGAAGAAAAGUUGUCAGUUAGUCUUGAACUGCAGAACCCCGCAACCCAGAAUAUUUUCAAGCAAGAGAAUUUUGAAGAAUCUAAUUCCGGUUUACAGCCCUGGCCCGCUAAUGUCGGACAGCCGGCUACCCAGCAGGACUCUGUAGAGCUGAAAUCGGAGCUCCCCGAGUUUGAAGCGAAAGUCAAGGAAGGAAACCGGAGAGAAGGGGAAGAGCCGCAGUCAUCUCGGAGUGUGGGAAUGAAUUUACAAGAGCAAGAGUCUUCCUUUGCUGAGACGUCUCUUCAGGGCAAACUGCAAGACAAGCAGGACAAGAAGAUGAAGAAAUCUACAAGAAGGUGUGAGAAUCUGAUAGCAGCCUCUUCACAGAGUAUUUCUCCUCUCUCAAAGGACACCAUCGGCACUGACCAACAACAAGGGUGUAACACAGAUCAGGAAGGUGAGCAAACAUUUAAAAACAAACCUGACUGUGAAGAUCAGAAGUCAGUUUAUACAAAACCAAAGCCAUAUUGCUGUUCGGAAUGUGGCAAACGAUUCCUCCAUAACUGCAGGCUUCAGGCACACUUAAAAAUUCAUACUGGUGAAAAGUCUCAUUCCUGCUCUGAAUGUGGCAAACGACUUUCUGACAUUUACAGUCUCCAAAGACAUUUAAGACUCCACACUGGAGAAAAGCCGUAUGGCUGUGCUGAAUGUGGGAAACGAUUUAUUCAAAGUAGCCAUCUUCAGAGCCACAAAGGCAUUCAUACUGGAGAGAAGCCGUUUGGCUGUUCAGAAUGUGGCAAAACAUUCCUCUAUAACAGCAAUCUUCUGGCACACAUAAGAAUUCAUGUUGGAGAAAAAUCUCAUUGCUGCUCUGAUUGUGGCAAACGGUUUUCUGACAGUCGUAGUCUCCAAAGACAUGCCAGAAUCCACACUGGAGAAAAGUUGUAUGGCUGUGCUGAAUGCGGGAAAAGAUUUUUUAAAAUUAGCAGUCUACAAAGCCACACAAGAAUUCAUACUGGAGAGAAGCCAUAUGGCUGCUCUAAAUGUGGCAAAAGAUUCGCUCAAAGUAGCAAUCUUCUGAGCCACACCAGAAUUCAUACAGGAGAGAAGCCCUAUGGCUGUUCUGUGUGUGGCAAACGCUUCACUCAAAGCAGCAGUCUUCAGAGUCACGCAAGAAUUCAUACAGGAGAGAAGCCAUAUAUUUGUUCUGAAUGUGGGAAAAGAUUCACUUACCAUAGUGCUCUUUGGCAUCAUAAACAAAUUCAUACCGGAGAGAAGCCAUAUUGCUGUUCUGAGUGUGGCAAACGAUUCAACAGCAGCAGUCAUCUCCAUAGCCACUCAAGAAUUCAUACAGGGGAGAAGCCAUAUGGCUGUUCUGAAUGUGGCAAACGAUUCACCCAGAGUAGCAGUCUUCAGAAACACAUGAGAAUUCACACUAAAGAGAAACCUUAUUGUUGCUCGGACUGUGGGAAAGGAUUCUCGCAAGUAAGCCAUCUUCAGACCCACAGAAGGAUCCACACUGGAGAGAAGCCAUAUUGCUGUUCUGAAUGUGGGAAGCGGUUCUCAGUACUGAGCCAUCUUCAGAGGCACGCAAAGAUCCACUACACUGGAGAGAAAUCUUAUGGCUGUUUGGAAUGUGGCAAAGUAUUCAGUGACAGCAGCGCCCUUGAGACGCAUACAGAAAUUCAUAACGGAGAGAAGCCGUAUUCCUGUUCUGAGUGUGGCAUACUGUACUCCAACUAUAACAGUCUUUCUGAACACAAAAGAAUUCACAUUAGAGAGAAACUUUACAGUUGUUCUGAAUGUGGCAAACAGUUCCAUUACUGCAGCGGCCUUAACAGACACAUGAGAAUUCACACUGACGAGAAACCUUAUUGUUGUUCUGAAUGUGGAAAAGCUUUCUCGCAAGUAAUCCAUCUUCAGACCCACAGAAGGAUCCACACUGGGGAGAAACCUUAUUGCUGCUCUGAAUGUGGGAAAGGAUUCUCACAAAUAAGCAGUCUUCAUAGGCACACAAGAAUCCACACCGGAGAGAAGCCAUACUGCUGUUCAGAAUGUGGCAAACGAUUCAUUGACAAUAGUGCUCUUUACCGUCACGCGCAAAUUCAUACUGGGAAGAUCAAAUUAAGAAAAAAAAAGAAAAGAAAUUCUAGGCUUGUCUAGAUGCCCUAUUAAUGACCAUAAUUCCAUAUGCAAUAUUAGGGACAAGGCAAGUACUGCGCAGAGUCCUGGCAACCAACUUAAGAGAAUAAAAAUGUCAGCAGUGCAGCAAUCACUCGAGGAAAAACAGCCACGCUUCAGGACUCGAGAAUGGGGUUCACUUUUUUACUGAAUGUAAGGAAACUAAAUCAUCAUUGAGAAAUUAUUCCCCAAGAGAAACAAUUUUGCUGUUCUUAAUGUGCCAAAUGAUUCCCAGUCCUAUGCCAUCUUUAGAGGAAUACACACUGGAGAGAAACCUUAGGGCUGUUCUGAAAGUGGCAAAGUAUUCUCUGAUAUCGGUGAACAGAAAUUAAACUGGAGAUGACCAUAUUUCUGUUCUGAAUGUGGCAAACAGUUCCAUUAAUACAGCUUGCCUAACAUGAUUAUUCACACUGAAGAGAAGCUGUAUUGUUAUUCUGAAUGUGGGAAAGGAUUCUCAAUAGUAAGCCAUCUACAGAUGCCACAGAAGGAUUCACAGUACAAGUACUACGCAGAGCCCUGGCAGCAAAUCUAAGAGAAUAAUAGCAAAAGCCAUGCAAAAAUCGCCACAAGAGUGAGUCCUGGAAUGUAAGGAAGCAAAACCAUUGUUGAGAAAUUAAUCCCCGAGGGAAACCCAAUUGCUGUUUUGAAUGUGGGAAACGAUUACCACAAUUAAUAAGUCUUCAGAGGUAUACAAGAAAUCCCAAUGGAGAGUAGCCAUACUGCAUUUUUGAAUGUGGCAAGCGAUACUCUAACAGUGGCACAAGUUCAUAGUGGAGAGAAGCCGUCUUCUUCUACAUUCAUCAGUUACGGAAUUCUUCAAGUAUCCCAAAGAAACACACAUUUGGAGAGAAACCUCAUUGUUGUUCUAAAACUAGCAAACAAUUUUCUGACAGUAGAACUGUUCAAAUCACACACAAAUUAAAACUGGAGAUAAAGACCACCUUAAAGUGAACGUUAGAGGGGAAGAAGGAGAAAGACUCCAAAUGUCACUCACCUAACCACUCAGGUUCUGAUGAGUAUCUUCACGGCGUGGACUUUGCUGCAUAAGACUGGAUGAGGGGGGAGAAAAGCUUGAAACUGCCUGUAUAUUGACUUUGGAACACCCUGACUUACCAUCCAUCCAUUAUCCAACCCGAUAUAUCCUAAUUACAGGGUCACGGGGGGUCUGCUGGAGCCAAUCCCAGG